GCACGUCUACACGCCUGCGCACUGCAGAGGAGGUAACCUAAGUGCACGUAUGUGCCAGGUGAACAGGCAUGAACACUGCAUAGCCAUCCCUAUGCAGACUUGCCGCCUUCAGGUUGUGGCCAAACCUUCAAGCACCCCGCAGAGGUUUAGCCAUUCUAGGAGACGGGGGCGGGGGUUCCAAGGCACCCCUCAUCCCAAGUUACGAUUAAGAUCAUUUGCAUCACAUUUACAUCCAGCCCCGGGCCUUGGGGGUUAAGGAUGGUCCCUUGGGUCCCAAGACGAGCUGCUCCUCAGAGGCUCUCAGAGCCCAGGGGACGGGGGUGGAGCCCGUUGCACAGCCCUGCAGUGCAGCUGGGGCAGGAAGCGAGAGUGGGGUGGAGGGAGGCCACAGCCCGCGGAGGCAAGGCGGGUGCAGGGCUUCUGGGGACGGAGGGAGGUGCCAGAACUUGAGCCCUGAGGCCCUUCUGGCCCCUGGGCGCAGGCCCAGCUCCGGCCCCCAGGGAUGGACCUCGUGGACCCUGACAUUUUCAAUAGAGACCCCCGGGACCACUACGACCUGCUGCAGCGACUGGGUGGCGGCACAUAUGGGGAAGUCUUUAAGGCUCGAGACAAGGUGUCGGGGGACCUGGUGGCACUGAAGAUGGUGAAGAUGGAGCCUGACGACGAUGUCUCCACCCUUCAGAAGGAAAUCCUCAUGUUGAAAACUUGCCGGCACGCUAACAUCGUGGCCUACCAUGGGAGUUAUCUCUGGUUGCAGAAACUCUGGAUCUGCAUGGAAUUCUGUGGGGCUGGUUCUCUCCAGGACAUCUACCAAGUGACAGGCUCCUUGUCAGAGCUCCAGAUUAGCUAUGUCUGCCGGGAAGUGCUCCAGGGACUGGCCUAUCUGCAUUCACAGAAGAAGAUACACCGGGACAUCAAGGGAGCUAACAUCCUCAUCAAUGAUGCUGGGGAGGUCAGAUUGGCUGACUUUGGCAUCUCGGCCCAGAUCGGGGCAACACUGGCCAGACGCCUCUCUUUCAUUGGGACACCCUACUGGAUGGCUCCAGAAGUGGCAGCCGUGGCCCUGAAGGGAGGAUACAACGAGCUAUGUGACAUCUGGUCCCUGGGCAUCACAGCCAUCGAGCUGGCGGAGCUACAGCCACCGCUCUUUGACGUGCACCCUCUCAGAGUUCUCUUCCUCAUGACCAAGAGUGGCUACCAGCCUCCCCGACUGAAGGAAAAAGGCAAAUGGUCGGCUGCGUUCCACAACUUCAUCAAAGUCACCCUGACUAAAAGCCCCAAGAAACGACCCGGCGCCACCAAGAUGCUCAGUCAUCAACUGGUAUCCCAGCCUGGGCUGAACCGAGGCCUCAUCCUAGAUCUUCUUGACAAACUGAAGAAUCCUGGGAAAGGACCCUCCAUUGGGGACAUUGAGGAUGAGGAGCCCGAGCUACCCCCUGCUGUCCCCCGGCGGAUCAGAUCCACACACCGCUCCAGCUUUCUGGGGAUCCCUGAUGCAGACUGCUGUCGGCGGCACAUGGAGUUCAGGAAGCUCCGAGGAGUGGAGACCAGACCCCCAGCCGACACGGCUCGCCUACAGCCCACCAGAGACCCCAAGAGCAGCAGCCCCAGGAAGCAGCUGUCUGAGUCGUCCGAUGAUGACUAUGACGACGUGGACAUCCCCACCCUUGCAGAGGACACGCCUCCUCCACUGCCCCCCAAGCCCAAGUUCCGUUCUCCAUCAGACGAGGGUCCUGGGGGUAUAGGGGAUGAUGGGCAGCUGAGCCCGGGGGUGCUUGUCCGGUGUGCCAGUGGGCCCCCACCACACAGCCCCCGUCCUGGGCCUUCCCCAUCCACCAGCAGCCUCCAUCUCACCGCCCAUUCAGAACCCUCACUCUGGAACCCACCCUCCCGGGAGCUCGAUAAGCCCCCACUCCUGCCCCCCAAGAAGGAAAAGAUGAAGAGAAAGGGAUGCGCCCUUCUGGUAAAGUUAUUCAAUGGCUGUCCUCUCCGGAUCCACAGCACAGCCACCUGGACACACCCCUCCACUAAGGACCAGCACCUGCUCCUGGGGGCAGAGGAAGGCAUCUUCAUCCUGAAUCGGAAUGACCAGGAGGCCACGCUGGAGAUGCUCUUUUCUAGCCGGACUACGUGGGUGUACUCCAUCAACAACGUUCUCAUGUCUCUCUCAGGAAAGACCCCCCACCUGUAUUCUCAUAGUAUCCUGGGCCUACUAGAACGGAGAGAGACCAGAGCAGGAAACCCGAUCGCUCACAUUAGCCCCCACCGGCUACUGGCAAGGAAGAACAUGGUUUCCACCAAGAUCCAGGACACCAAAGGCUGCCGGGCUUGCUGUGUGGCGGAGGGUUCGAGCUCUGGGGGCCCGUUCCUGUGCGGGGCAUUGGAGACGUCUGUUGUCCUGCUUCAGUGGUACCAGCCCAUGAACAAAUUCCUGCUCGUCCGGCAGGUGCUGUUCCCACUGCCGACGCCUCUGUCCGUGUUCGCGCUGCUGACCGGGCCAGGUUCUGAGCUGCCCUCUGUGUGCAUCGGCGUGAGCCCCGGGCGGUCGGGGAAGUCGGUGCUCUUCCACACCGUGCGCUUUGGCGCGCUCUCCUGCUGGCUGGGCGAGAUGAGCACCAAGCACAAGGGACCAGUGCAGGUGACCCAGGUAGAGGAGGAUAUGGUGAUGGUGUUGAUGGAUGGCUCUCUGAAGCUAGUGACCCCGGACGGGGUCGCAGUCCGGGGACUUCGCACACCUGAGAUCCCCAUGACAGAAGCCGUGGAGGCCGUGGCUAUGGUUGGAGGUCAGCUUCAGGCCUUCUGGAAGCAUGGAGUGCAGGUGUGGGCUCUAGGCUCGGAUCAGCUGCUACAGGAGCUGAGAGACCCUACCCUCACUUUUCGUCUGCUCGGCUCGCCCAGGCCUGUAGUGGUGGAGACACGCCCAGUGGAUGAUCCUACUGCUCCCAGCAACCUCUACAUCCAGGAAUGAGUCCCUAGGGGGGUGUUAGGAGUUAGUCCUUGCACCCCCCUCCCCCAUAGGCACACCGGUGGUCAUGGCAUGUCCUCACCUCCCAAUAAACGUGACUUUAGCCUCCC